UCACUUUGAAUUAAUAGGAGAGCUCAUAUUACAUAUUUUUAAUUUUGUAUUAGUGGUAUUACCCCAAGAAAUAGAGGCAUAUGGCGAGAAGUCAAGAACAUAUGUGGAUUGUGGACACGUAAACUUAAACAUACGCGGAGUAUGAAAAAGAAUUAAGCAGGUGAAGAUGAAGCUGAAGCAGCUAGAGGGGCUUCUUGGCUCUCUUGAACAGUUCUCCAAGCCCAAGAUUGAACUCGAACAAUACCCAACUGGAGCCCACAUAGCUUCCCGGGUGCUAUACACUGCUGAAACUUCAUUUGGGGAUGUGAGCAAUAAGGUAGUUGCAGAUUUUGGUUGUGGUUGUGGUACUUUAAGCAUUGGUGCAGCUCUCUUAGAAGCUAAACAUGUUAUUGGUCUUGAUAUAGACAGCGAGUCUCUUGAGAUUGCAGUUGCAAAUGCCGAAAACCUUGAGGUAGAUAUGGAAUUUGUUCAAUGUGAUAUUAGUAAAAUUCAAUGGAAAGGCCAAAUUGUUGAUACUGUUGUUAUGAACCCACCAUUCGGAACACGGAAGAAAGGUGCUGACAUGGAAUUCCUUUUUGUGGCGUUGAAGGUUGCCUCCCAUGCAGUUUAUUCGUUACACAAGACUACAACUAGAGAACACAUCAGACGGGCUGCAUUGCAAGAUUACAACGCUAUUAGCGCUGAGGUUAUAUGUGAGCUACGAUACGAUGUGCCAAAGCUAUACAAAUUUCACAAGAAAAAGAAGAUGGACAUUGCCGUGGACCUAUGGCGGUUUGUUCCUCCAAGACACACUAAUAGAGGGGCACAUAGUUAAUCAUACCAUUCAUAAUGUCAUUCAUUUGUAGACUCAGAAUUGUAUUGUCAAAAGUUUUAAGUCUGCAUAGAUCACCAGUUCAACUUAAGACCUUUUUGAGGCAGUAAUUUAGUCAGGCAUGCAAAAGGCAGUGCUGGAGCUAAGCUAUAUGCUCCCUCUUCCCAUAAUGUUCUCUUCUUUUUAUUGUUGUCCCAAAAAGUUCUUUCUCUUUCCAUUCAAUGAAAGAGUGGUGUGGUUGAUAUCAUUUAUCUUAGUUCUAAAACCUGAAGAGUCUUUUUCUCACCAGCUGAUCCAUUAUGUUUUGUAUUUAAAGGUUGGACUUAAUAUCACCAGCUGAUAUUAUUUAAAAGUUGGAUUUAAUAUUUGAUAAUACCAAUUUGAAUUUUG